AUGGACGGAGCUUAUGUCAAAUUGCCCGAAGGACACCUAGUUAAUCUUUUACCGCGACCUGCACGCCCAAGUCCCUACAAAGCGUAUCGAGUCGAGUACAAGCUAUCACCAAAACUGUCGCCAACACCUCCACCCCAAUACCUACAAGAAGGAAGAUCAACGGAGUACGUUAUUACAAGAGGCGCAUCAGGAAAUAUCUCUCAAUCACCAAAAGCUACCAAGUUGCCGGUACCGAGGAGCCUCGCUGAAGGUCCCAAUCAUGAUUUGAAUCAAACGCCUAGCCCAACUGCACCUCCUAAACUCACCCUAUCCAGCCACUCCUCGAGGCGGCUUGGUAGCCAGUCUAACAAAGGUCACGAUCAAUAUUGGAGGAAAAUCCGGGACAGAUUGGAGGAGUCGCCGUUGUUAGCAAGACGGACCAAGAGCAAGGAAAGCGACUGUAAAAGAUCUCCCAACUCGCGCAUUUCCUACCACCGCAGCAGACUUCCAGCCAGCACUAGCCAAGAUCACGCAAGUUACCGGGUAGGCAAUGCACAAUCAAGCAUUUCGAGUCCAAAUGCUCUCGACAGCAGUCCAGUGCAGGGCUCGAGAAAGUAUCCUCCCACUACCUGUCCUGUGGAGAGCCAAAACAAAUGGCGGAAGGAAGAAGACCAAUGGGUUACCAUGGACGUUGCCGAAACCACACCCCAGAAAUCCAUGAGCACAGACGGGACGACUAGUUCCAGCCCUCAAUCUAAUCCUUCCAUCUCGCCAGUAUCUGCCGAGAACAGCUCUAUAACCGACUGGGAAGACCGAUUCGUUGUGAAUAUGCCAACUGCAAAAGAACCCAAUCCUCCAACGAUGACAGCUCAACAAAUUACCGAGUAUCAAAGAAGCAUUGAACGAGUGCACCGGGACGGUGGGCAAAUGGUAGACCCGAGCACAGUACCUAGUCGUAACGUGUCUCCCGAGAUCAGAUUCAACCAUAGAGAACAAAGGAUCCAGAGUCCAAAAGGGAUCGCUGUACUCGACGGGGCAUACGAGAGGCGACAAGUGCCGAGCUUGUCACAAGAAAAACAUCGCCCGGUCCCGCUGCCUCAACAAAAUGCUCACCCUGAGCAACUUUCACAGCCUCAGCCCCAUAGACCCCAAGCCGCGACUGCAUCGCAACGUCAAGCGGCAAACCACUACUACUGCCCGGAUGAAGUCGGGUAUAAUCGGAUUAGUACAAUUUGGGAGGAAUCGCCCACAAAACACAAGGAAAAGAGACAUCCCCAAAACGCCGACGGGUCUUUUUUAGGGUGCAGGGAAAUUUGCGGGGAGAAGAAUCCAGACGAAAUCCUCAGGUUCGCUUCCCCAGCUCCAGACGAUGCCAGUCUGCAUCCACUCCCAUUGGCCCUGGGUUCCAGGAACAGAAAAAGUGUGUCAAAAGAAGCGAUGAAGCCGACAGAACGACAAACAACACACAGAGUCGAGGAGAUCACAAUCCCUCAAGAAGAGCAACCACAAACUUCUCAGAAUUUGAGACCUGCCCAAUGCUCGAAGCCGUCAACCAUGUACCAAGAUCGGAGUUGCUCCCCGAACCCAUCCCCAAUUCUGCGAACGACAUCCCGGGAUUCGAGCAAGGAGAAUUGCCAUCCUACCAGCAAUAUACCCGAGCGGCACGGAAGUCUGGGAGAAAACCGGGGGGACGAAGAUGUAUCCAUUAUCACACCCACUAUCACGCCCACUUCGAUUCCCACGCCCGACAAGAAAGCAUCUUCGCCAAAGCCGCAAGGGCUGCGUCGUCCUGGUGGCGAAGCUCACAUAGUCGCUGCCGAGCCUACGAAAGCCGCUCGCGGAAAGACUCAGAUAAUUUCCACACCAUCGGGAUUGCGGCCCAGGGGAAGCAACAUGAAUACCAAGCCAACAGAGCGUACUUCGACAGCUUCCCAAACGUUGCCACUCCCCAACACCUCCACCAUGGGCAAAGACCAAGACGUCGAGGGUCACAACCAAGAUCGUGCGCAAGAUCGCACUCCAGAACGAGCAACCGGUACAACAUCGAAUACCAUCCGUGGCUUCAUCCGUACCUCCGGGGUGGCAAAAACUUCAGGGCUGGACAGACCACCUACAGAUAGCAUUGCUAUAAUGUUGCGCAACAAGACUGAGUCCCUCCGCACACGCGCUGAUAAUCUAAGGAAUGCGUCGGGGUCACUCCAGCGUGCGAACCAGAAACAAUCGCCUAUCUCUCAACCAAGGUUUUCGUCCAGGGAUAAUGUGGAGUCAUCCUGUCAGGAACAGUCAUUUCAGUCCGGCAUAGAAACCCCACCAGUCGCAGCAAACAAGCCUGUCUUGGAGCCAAAAAUGGUCGCAACGGAAAAGAAACCAAAGGAAAGCCAAAAAUCUUCCUCGCAACCACCUGCACCAAGCAAACCAGUAACGAAAAGAGUGACUUUGUCAGAGAAACCACCUUCGUCAGUAAAACCCGACAGGACCCCUACAUCAACCAGAACGAUUUCUGCGCUAGCAAAGCCGGCUAAGUUGAAUAAACCCCCCAAAUUGGAUGAAACUCCCAAGUCUACACAACCAGCCGCGCCUGAAAAAUCUCCCUCCAAAGCCAAGAAGCCCCAUGCUUCACCAACUAAGGAAGGGCAGAUGAAGACCCAGCCUCGCGUCCGUACCUCUGGUAAAGUUUUGGAAAUCGCCGAGCUCGAUGGGCUUCAAGUUGCAAGUUCGAAGGAGUCUCUUCAACCCACCAUCACAGACGUCUCUGCAAAUCUAAGUGACAUGCACUCCGAAGACACGGAUGAUCUCGAUGGGCAGGGACUAAGCCCCUUGGCCCUUUCACUUCUUUUCAACAUUCUUGUUGUUGCUGUCACCCAAGUCAAUAAAGCUUUCCUAAUGGGCGCCGACAGCCCUUGGGCCAAAUUUGUGGUUAAUAACACCCUAAACAUGACCAGUCACUGUUGGCAUGUCUCCUAUUGCAUCUACACCGUGGUAUCUCACUACCACACCACAGGCACUUGGCCUAAGCCCCGCAAUGACAAGGCUGUCAGCCGGUUCAUAGUGGAGCUUCUUCAAGCCAUUUUGUAUCUCUUGAUUCUUGGCUUUGCAACCAUGCUGAUGUCUCGGACUGUUGGCUACAUCGUUCUCGUGAGCAGCUGGAUUGUAUGGUUUGCCAGGCCGUUGACGUGGGUCUUUCAGUGUUUUGGCCGUGCCCUGAUAAUGUAA